AUGCCAAUGAGGAUACUGAUCGUCCGCUCGGCCGUGACGGACUACGAUCGUCCCUUGAGAUUGCCCCGGGCUAUUACUUCUCCAUUGACUCCAUCGGAGGCUACGGUGGACGAUGCUCUCCAUGCCUUGAGAGAUAUCUCUUUCGGAGUGCUCGCAUCACUGGAACAGGCUGCUGCGAACAUUCUCGCCGUUCUUCCUCUCAUACGACACGUGCAUGAAAUCAUCGAAAGUAUAGAGGAGAUUGACAACUGGAAAGGCGAUCCGAAAUAUGAUCUAGGAGAUGCGACGAUGAGGGUCGUGACCAUGGUCGAGUGGUACCUCGAUGCGUCGUACAACCGUGACGGGUGUUGUGAUCUUCAGUGGCUCGUGGAUCUUGUUGAGAGGGCGUCGUCCGAGAUCAUCCAACUCACCAGAUACUUCGCUAUCUCAUUCGAUGAGAGCCUCUUCUCAGCUCCCUCAGUCCUCAGAAAGAUGAUAUCCACAAUGGAGGACGUCGCGACUAUCUUGAGCAAUCUGGCGGAUUGUGUCUCUUGUGUGCGGUGGGAUCUUUUGGAGCAUGUCGGGUUUCCGGUUCCGGUUGUUUCUUGUCCAAAAGAGGGUGGAUGUUGA